AUGGCUGCUCAUUGGAGCAAAGGCUGCGUGAGCGCUCCUGGGGCGGGAGGCCGCGGAAGAGCGAGCCCCGCGGGAAUCCUCCAGCGGCCGCGGGGCUGGGGCCGGAGCCCGCCAAGCACACGCGUUCCCGGGCGGCGUCCGUGGGGCCGGGAGCCCUCGGCGCCCGCAGCUCCGACCCCCGGGCGCAGCGCAGCCCUCGCGGGGACUCGCGGCGUGGGCGCCUCCGCCGUCCGGCCGAGGCCUCGCUGCCCACCGGCUCCUCCACCCCCCUGCCCCCGGGCGCGUCCGCCCGCGGUCGGGGCGGCGGCCUUCGCGGGACAGCGCCGCGUGGGCGGCCCCGAGCGUGGGCGGUGGGCCCGGCCUGCACCGGGAGGUCCCCGUGGGCCCGGCCUGCACCGGGAGGUCGCCGUGGGCCCGGCCUGCACCGGGAGGUCGCCGUGGGCCCGGCCUGCACCGGGAGGUCACGGUGGGCCCGGCCUGCACCGAGAGGUCGCCGUGGGCUGCCCUGCACUGGGAGGUUCCCGUGGACCCGGCCUGCCCCGGAGCUCGCCGUGGGCCGGGCCUGCACCGGGAACUCACCAUGGGUGGCCCUGCACUGGGAGGUCGCCGUGGGCUGGGCCUGCACUGGGAGGUCGCCGUGGGCCCGGCCUGCACCGGGAGGUCUCCAUGGGCUCGGCCUGCACCGGGAGGUCGCUGUGGGCUGCCCUGCACCGGGAGGUUCCCGUGGACCCGGCCUGCCCCGGAGCUCGCCGUGGGCCUGGCCUGCACCGGGAGGUCACCGUGGGCCCGGCCUGCACCGGGAACUCACCAUGGGUGGCCCUGCACCGGGAGGUCAUUGUGGGCCGGGCCUGCACUGGGAGGUCCCUGUGGGCCGGGCCUGCACCGGGAGGCUUGCCGUGGCUGCCGCGUGGGGCGACUCUGGUUUCUCGGGCAGUGUGGAUGCAGCGCGGCCCCGAGGUGGGGCGCCCGCGGGAACUGUCCCUUCGGGGACCUGGGCACCCACGGGGCCUGGCGCACGGCUCCCACGGGCCCCCGACGACGAUGCCGGACCUGCCCCCUCCCGCACCCCCCCCCCCCCCAGCCGGCUCAGCCCCUGUGCCGCUGCAGGUGCAGGACUCGGGGGCUCCGACCUGCUGCGCCCACGCUGGAAGUGGCCACCGGGCGCAAGGGGGCAUGACUGGCUCGGGGCGGGGCGGGGCGGCCGCGGGGCCUCGGUCACCGUGUGCGGGGUCCGGACGCAGCACGCUAGGAGGGCCCACGGCCACGCGCACCCACGGCCACGCGCACCCACGGCCAAGGCCACGCGCACCCACGGCCACGGCCACACGCACCCGGGGGCGCGGCGGACCGAUCGGGAGACGGUGGCGGGGGGAGGCAGCCCUGAGCCGCACGGGGCCCAAGGCUCUCGUGGCCCCAACGCAGCGGGGACCUGUGCGCGAGCAGCGCGGCCCUCGUGACCCCAACGUGUGUCUUUUUGUUUGUUUAAAAGGCUUGGGGUUUGCUGUCCUGAAGCGAGGUCGCGCCGUCGAGGAGGGCCAGUUUCCUCGCGUGGUGUGGAAAUACGAGUGCACACCUCGGCGGGCAGCGGCUGCGCGCCGCUCGGACCCAGGGCGAGCGCGAGACUCCUCGGCCACGGGGUGCGCCGCGCGGGGGGAGGGCACCGGCCCAUGGGUGCGUGGGGCUCGGAGCCCGGGACGACCUGCCUCCGCCGGGGACCCGCCGAGCUCCCUGCCCGCCGCGCCGCCUCGUGGAAGGGGAGGGCGACCCCGCAAGGCCCGGGCCCUGCGCUCCCUGCCCGCUCCGGGGGCGGGGGGGGGGAGCGAGGAUGAGCCGACCGACCCCUGA